UGGGAAUUCUGCUGAAAACUUGUUUGCACUAGGAUGAACUGACUGAGACAUCUUAUCUGCCGUUGUCACAUCCGAUAUCCUCUAUAUAGGGCGAAACAAUUCCUCGCGGCGUUCAAAAUACAAUUCCCUGCGUGGUACAGUCGCAGACAGCUUGAAAUACCGGCUCUGUGAGACAAGGCUCGCAAUGCCUGCGCCGUCCGUUGUGAAAACCGACUCUCAGCCAGUUUUAAAUGUUGAUAGCUACUACCACUUUGAACGCCACACGACAAAGGAAAACAUCGACACCCUAAACAGAAUACGGUUCCACGCAAAGCCACGCGACGGCCAUCGACACUUGGACAUCGGGUGCGGGCCGGGGACCUUCACGGCAGACUACCUGGUUCCUUUGUCUUUGCCGUGCAAAACCAUUCUGGCCAUCGACAAAUCACCCUCGAUGAUCGACUUCGCCACGAGAAACUCCGCGCACAGGAACGUAGAGUACCGUGUGUUCGACUUCGGCGGCACUGACGUCACGGAGCUGCUGAACGCGUACGGCCACUUCGAUCGCGUCUAUUCGCUCCUGUGCUUCCAUUUCGUCAAAGAUCAGACUAAAGCCUUCAGGGACAUUGCGCGGCUGCUGACACCGAGAUCCGGGGAGUGUCUGGUGAUGUCCGCACUCGCCACUGAGGCAGUGGAUGCUUGGCUCCAAAUGCACCUGAUGGAACGCUGGAGAGAAGUGACUCCCGACCCGAAGUUAUUUUACUCAAAUCAAUUCAAGUUUGACUUCGACAAGAACGUAUCUGACGUCGAAUCAGAAAUGCGAUCUAUGGUCGCAGAAGCCGGGCUGCGUUGCCUUGAAUGCUACAUUUACGAAACAGAAUGGCCGUUUCCUGAUGCCAGAAGUUGUGUCGAUGCCUGUUUUGACGCGUGUGGAUUAUUCAAGGGCGUUCCCCCCUUGGAUAUCGAUGACGUUAAGAAGGACUGGACGCGCAUCCUUGAUGAGCGCUCAGGAAAAGGGCCUGGAGCGUUCUCCAUCAAGAUGACGUGGUUCUGCGUUCAUGCUCAAUCACCGUCCACGUAAAUGAACUAUUCAUGGAGUACAACAUCAGCUGA